GAGCCCAGGGGCUGCACCCGGUGUGGGGGAGUCGCCGGGCCCCAGGAUGGUGGCAGCUCCGGCCCUGGCCCGCGCGCCGGGUGGCUGGCUGGUCCCCGGGCUUUGGUGGCUGCUGGCGCUCGGGGGUCCCGGGGGGCUGCUGCUGCGCGCCGAGGAGCAGCCCUCCUGCAGGGGGGCCUUCGAUCUCUACUUCGUCUUGGACAAGUCUGGGAGUGUGGCUAAUAAUUGGAUCGAAAUCUACAAUUUUGUCCAGCAACUGACCGAGAGAUUUGUGAGCCCUCAAAUGAGAUUAUCUUUCAUUGUGUUUUCUUCUCAAGCAACCAUUAUUUUGCCAUUAACUGGAGACAGAUACAAGAUCAGUAAAGGAUUGGAGAAUUUAAAAAAUGUUAAACCAGCCGGAGAGACUUAUAUCCAUGAAGGAAUAAAACUAGCAAAUGAACAAAUUCAGAAAGCAGGAGGCUCAAAAACCUCCAGUAUCUUAAUUGCCCUGACAGAUGGUAAAUUGGAAGGUCUGGUGCCGCAAUAUGCAGAGAAAGAGGCAAAAUUAUCAAGGUCACUUGGGGCUAGAGUAUAUUGUGUUGGUGUCCUUGACUUUGAACAAGAUCAGCUUGAAAGAAUUGCUGAUUCUAAGGAACAAGUUUUCCCUGUCAAAGGUGGAUUUCAAGCCCUUAAAGGAAUAAUUAAUUCUAUAUUAACUCAGUCAUGCACUGAAAUCCUGGAACUACGACCUUCAAGUGUUUGUGUCGGGGAGGAAUUUAAAAUCCUUUUAAACGGAAGAGGAUUCAUCUUGGGAAGUCGAAGUGACAGCAUCCUCUGUACUUUAACUAUAAAUGAAACAUACACAAUGAGUGUCCAUCCAGUGAGUGUGGAUCUUAAUUCAAUGCUCUGUCCUGCACCUGCCUUGAAUAAAGCUGGAGAAACUCUUGAUGUUUCUGUAAGUUUUAAUGGAGGAAAAUCUGUCAUCUCCAGCUCACUAGUAGUGACCGCCACAGAAUGUUCUAGUGGAAUUGGUGCCAUCAUCACUAUUCUUGUGUUACUGCUGCUCCUGGGCAUUGGUUUGAUGUGGUGGUUUUGGCCUCUUUGCUGCAAAGUGGUUAUCAAGGACCCUCCGCCUCCACCACCACCUGCACCUAAAGAGGAGGAAGAAGAACCUCUCCCUAACAAGAAAUGGCCAACUGUGGAUGCUUCUUAUUACGGCGGACGAGGGGUUGGAGGAAUUAAAAGAAUGGAGGUUCGUUGGGGUGAUAAAGGAUCCACAGAGGAGGGCGCAAGGCUGGAGAAGGCCAAAAAUGCUGUCGUAAGGAUACCGGAAGAAGCAGAGGAACCUGUCAGACCCAAACCACCAAGGCCCAAACCGAUACACCAGCCCCCUCAGACGAAGUGGUACACACCAAUUAAGGGCCGUCUGGAUGCGCUCUGGGCAUUAUUGCGUCGCCAGUAUGAUCGAGUGUCCUUGAUGCGACCUCAAGAAGGAGAUGAGGGCCGGUGCAUAAACUUCUCUCGAGUUUCAUCUCAGUGAAAGGAAAGCAGGAAGACUACAGAAGUCUGAAGAUGACACAUCUUCCAACACAGCUAACUUCCAACUAAAUGAACAGAAAGUGCACUUCAGAAAUUUUGGGAAGAGUAGCUUUAUUCCUUCCAGUCAGAAAACAUUUUGCUUUCUUUUGCUUGUACCAAAUCCUUUCCAACACUUGCUUGUUGAUGAAACCUGAAGUAAUUCAUCAUUGGGAGCAUUCGAAAGAAAGAAAGUAAGAGAAAGUAAGAGAAACAUUAAUCUAUGUGUGAUGGUUUACACAAGAAAGUUCAUUUGAAAGUGUAGAAGAGAAAAGAGUAAAAAUAACAACACGAAGACAAUCAGAACAGGACCCACAAAACGGUGAUGGAUCUUUUAUGGUAAUCAAAUCGUGAUGGAUCUUUCUAGAAGAAUGUUUUACAUGGAAACAUGGCACUUGUGUUUUUGCACAGCAAGAUUACUACCCUACAGAGUAUGAGACUCCCUAUUAGUCUGAGCAAAUAUUUAAGCCUUACAACUGUGUCAGAUCACAAAACCCUUCACAAUGUGCCUUACGGGAAACUUCUGAUGGGAAAAUCUUGUCAUUCCAAUGCUGAAAAGUGCAUACGCAUGACAAAGUGCCUCAAGGUAUUGGUAGCAAGUACGAUUUUGCCCUUUAGUUUUGGAAGACACCUUUCUUUCAUUAUGCUCUCGGGAAAAGAAGAAAAUUAAUAGAGCGUUAUUCCAAGGAAGAUCGCCUCUAACCUGAGCUCUUCAGUGCAGUCGAAAGGAUUAGAGAAAUUCUACCUGUGAUUGAGAGAUUUGCUCUUCUUUCUAGGCUUAGGGUUUAGUAGUACCUAAAGCAUUAAUAUCUAUAAACAUACUUACAAGUUUGUUUUGCUUUUAAUUUAAAGGAAGCCACAUCACAAAGCUUCCGCUCAGGGUUGUUUUUUUUUUUCUUCCCUUCUUCCAAGUCUCCAAGGGCUCUUAGCGUCACAAGCCAGCAACUCUCUUUGCAUGAAAAUUUCAAAGUUUAAUUAAUAUAAUUAAAGGCAACAGCAAGCAGCAGCCUGUGAAGAUUUUGCUCAUCUUUUUUAUGCCUUUUGACAUUGAAUGACCUAUUACUGUAUGCACAUUACUUGGCUGUUGAGGGGUGCGCUACCUUGGUUAUGAUUCAGUAGAGAAAAAAGACGUCCUCUCAUCAGUUUAUAAAUUGAAUUUUCAAGAGGGCUGGCCACCACAAACCACCGAAAAAUGUAUGUAUUAUCACUUUUGAGCAAAACCACCCUCGUGUCACGUCGACGAUGCCAAAUUAUGUUAGUAUGAGCCGAAACACUGUGGGGGAGGAACAAGGCAGCAGCUGAAGAAAAAGGCUCAAAUGAUCUAGUCACUUUCGAUACUGUACUUCAGAUGCGAAAUGGAUAUUCGACUGGAGACCUGACAAAGCGUGCCUGCUUUGAUGUGAACUGGUAUAGACAAUGACCAGUGGCUGGGUCAGUGGGAUGUCUCUCUGCGAGCACAAAGGCUUAUCAAAUGACACUAAAAAUAAGUUCAACAACCAUCACAUUGGAAGGGAGGAGGCGAACAUUUUUGUUUGGCCGGCAUGUGAAAACAGAAGAAGGAGCGAGAGAUUUGGAGCAUCCCAGUAUAAUUACCCGCAUUGUACGCACAAUGGAAAUUUUCAAAGGUUCUGGAGUGUUGCUGUGGGUUGGUGUCCAGAUUUGUGUCACCUCUCCAAGAAGUCUUACACACAAAUCUAUCUAUCUAAGUAGAUAGAUAGAUAGACAUUUAUACAUAUGUAUACAUAUAUCCUGUAGCUUGAAUACUUGCUCAAGUUUAUUUAUGUCACUGGCUGGCUGGAUCCAAAGUCAUGUGUCUACGUAUUCAUGAAUAAAAGUUUACCUGUGCCUCUGAUACUAUUUUUUAAACCCAAGCCUUGUUUGGUUGGUUAUAUAAAUUUUCCUGAAUUAAUUUGUGGGACAUAAGUAUACUCACUUUCAAAAUGUCCCUAUGUUUCACAAAUGAUACCACUGGCAUUAAUUAUCCAUAUAUAUAUUCAAGUGUGAUUUAGAAGCUUGAUAGGCUCUCUAUGAGUUCUUAUAGCUAUUUGCUUCUGUACUGUUCCUGUUGCUAAUUUUUUAAAGACUCACAUCAUUCUGCUCACUGCACACCCAUAAUGGUAUUUAAUAGCCUCAAAGAUACUACAGUAGUUGAGGCUGUUUCUUUGGUAGCUACUUUGAGUUUUUCCACUAUCAUAGCACUUUUGUUUAGCACUUGUAUUUUGCCACACUGGUAAUAUAUAUAGUUCGCAACUCAAAUCACAGAAGAGCUUUUGGUAGAUCAUAAUGCAAAUUAUUUCUACUUGUACUAUCACUUGAGACCGCUCAUUUAAUGGGAUAGGCAAUGGUCUAUUCAUAGACUAAAAAUAUCAUUCAUAAACAGUUUAGAAUUUGGAUGCAUUAAAGAUAGGAACCAGAUCAAUUUUAUGAUUUUCUCUGAUAUUGCUAACCAGUAAAUAAGAAUUUUCUCUAAUGUGUGUGUGGCUCCCUUAGUCAAAGACUAACUAAAAAUGUCAGCUUUUCAAACAAGAACAAGAAAGGCUAGAAGAAUGUAAUUUCUUUAAGUUCUGUGUUACAUAGAGAUCUAGUCAUUAUUUAAUCUUCAGGACAUGUUAGUCAAGAUCUACUUUCUCUGUGUAAAUGAGUAAGUCUUUAUCCACGAUCCAUUUGUGUUGCAUAAGGUUGCAAAAACAAUUAAGUGGGAAAUGACUCCUAACUUAUGUGUCUACUCUGCUUAGAAAGAAAGUUUUGAAGGCAUCUAUAUAUAUUUCAUAACAAUGUCUGUUCUUUAUGGAUUUGAUCCAUAAAUAUUUAUCUAUCUGAAAACUUUGAUACUUGGAAUGUUUUCCUUAAAGCAUUUGGUGCUCCAAGAAAAAACAUUUGGUGCUAAGAGUUGCAGCACUGAUGCCUUUCCCCAAGUUAAUUCUAUUUUAAAAAAUUUAUAUUUCCUUCCCAAUGAGAUGCAGAGUAAAAUUUGAGGCCCUCCAUUAGGAAGGGAACAGCAUCUGUCAUCUGGGGAGAAUUACUAUUGACAAAAAAGUAUAAGAUUUAAGCCUCCUAUAUUUCAAAUUGUUAGAGAUAGUGAUUUCCCCCCCUUGGAUUUUAUUCUCAUCAUUUAAAAUAAUAAGUUAUUAAAUAUUCGUUUCCUAAUAAAUCUUUACUGUAUAUAAAAUCUGGGUGUCUCAUGAUCUUAAUUUAUUAUCUAAAUACUACUAACCAUUGUUUACUGCUCAGAGGCAACUUACUAGUUUAUUAAUGAAAUUAAAACAUAAUACAUA